AUGCUGCUGAAACGACACCUCGACCUGUACACGAUCGGGAGUCCGUUGGAGCUGAAGAGCAGGUUCUGGUCCUGGUACAUGAGGGCCCUGGAAGGUACGCACCUCCUGCUGUUGGACUGUGAUAAAAUCGAGGAGCCCGGUGAACUGCCCAAGUCCAUCAUCGCCCCGAUCGUCAUCUAUCUCAAGGUGUCCUUCGACAAG